GUUGUAAAUUAAAAUAUUGAUCUUGUAAAAAAAAGGGAGAAAAUAUUUUUCAAAAAAAGGUGGAAUACCUUUCAUAUGGAAUUUUUGUAGGAAUUACCCAUGUUUACUUUGAAGCUGUUAUUCAAAUAAGAGUGAAAAUAACCUCUGAUAAAUAUUUUAUCGCAAAAUAUUAAGAGAUUCUUUUAUAUAUACUUUAGUAUAUUCUAUAUACGAGGGAUUAAAUGUAAAUUGUGUCUUGUGAAGUAAUCAUGGAGCAUUUUAUUAUUGUGCUGCUAACAUUUAUUGUUAUAAAUUUUAGUGAUGCUUCUUUAAAACCAUCUACUCCGGAUUCAAUUUGUAAAGGAGUGUACAGUGCAAAGAAAUACAAAUGGAAUCAUAAUUUUGAUUUUUUAUUGACUACUGAACGUUUGCUUCGAAAAAAUUUGCAAUAUGAAAUAGUUUGGCAUUCAUUUGAAAAAUGUUGUCCAGGAUAUAAUGAAAAUAAUUCAGUGUGUCAACCAAUGUGUUUAAAACCAUGUGAAAAUGGUGAAUGCUAUAAACCAAAUGAAUGCCGUUGUCAUUUGGGUUAUACGAAAAAUAAUAUUUCCGAAAGUGAAAAUAUUUGUUAUCCAAAUUGCAAGAAUGAUUGUUUAAAUGGAAAAUGUGUAAAACCUGACAUUUGUCAAUGCGAUAGAGGCUAUAAACUUAAAGCUGAUAAUAUUACAUGUGAACCACAUUGUAAUAUUUUGUGUCCAAAAAAUUCAUAUUGCAUUGAUUCAGAUAAAUGUAAAUGCUAUCCAUCGUAUGAUAUGACAAAAGAUGAGAAUGGAACAUUGUUUUGUUCACCAAUUUGUGGACAAAAGUGUAUCAAUAGUGAUUGUAUUGCUCCCGAUGUUUGUCAAUGUAAAGAUGGAUAUUUUAAAGAUGAAGAUGAUACUUUUGUAUGCUAUCCAAAAUGUAAUAAUUUAUGUCUUAAUGGCUAUUGUUCUAAACCAAAUGUUUGUGCCUGUUAUGAUGGUGAUAAAUUAUCUGAUGAUGGUUAUACAUGUCAGCCUGUUUGUAAUGAAACUUGUAUUAAUGGCAAUUGCACUGCUCCAAAUAAAUGCACUUGCAAUGAGGGCUACAAGAAAACAAAUUUAACAAAUGUUUGUGAACCGAUUUGUGAAAAAAAUUGCAUAAAUGGUCAUUGCAAUGGUACUGAUAUUUGCAUUUGCAAUAAAGGUUAUCUGAUGAGUAACAAUUCAAAAUGUGAACCUGUUUGUACUGAAAAAUGCAUCAAUGCUACGUGCACAGCACCAGAAACUUGUACUUGUAAAGAAGGUUUUAGAAAACAUGAUUUUAUGGACCAUUAUUGUAAACCAAAGUGUAUAACAUCUUGUAAAAAUGGUUAUUGUAGAGAAGAUCAGCAUCAUUGCAUUUGUAAUGAAGGUUAUGAUAUUCAUAAGAAUGGUGAAUGUGAAUUAAUUUCUUGCUCCCCAGAAUGUAAAAAUGGGAAUUGCGUAUCUCAUGACUAUUGUUCCUGCUCUUAUGGAUGGACCGGAAGAAGCUGCGGAGUACCUCAUAAGUGUGCUGCAAUUUUUGAUGAUAAAUUUGAUAGUUUUAAUGGUACUGUAAACAAUGAAACAAGAAUAGAACCAAAAUGGAAAGGUCCAAUAUGCAACAAAAAUUGUUUAAAUUUCAAUACCACUGAUAAGCACUGUCUGCCAUUUCAAUUUGAUAACACAAUAAGAAUGUUAUGUCUUCUCGAUUUAGAUGUAGAAUGCAAUAUUAACUCAUUAGAAGCCAGUGGAAAAAAUACUAGCUCAAUUGUAUGGUCCACAAGCAAAUACGUAAUUUACGUUAUAAUUGGAUCAAUGAUAUUAAUUUUUAUGUUUUUAAUUAUUCGACGACUUAAAGGACAACAAGGAUCAAAAAAAAUCAUGAAAGAUUUUAUUAUUAUUUUUGUGUUUAUUAAAAUUUUUAUUAUAAAUCUAAGUAAUGCUUCAUUAACUCGAACUACUUGGGAAUCUGUUUGUAAUUCGGAGUACAGCACCAGGGAAUAUAAAAUGGUUCCUUACGAGGAAACGUAUAAGCAAAAAGUAUUUGGUGUUUUCUACAAAAUAAAAACGCGAAUUAAUUAUCGAAAAGAGUAUCACAUUGUUUGGCAUACAUAUGAAAAAUGUUGUCCAGGUUAUUUUGAAUAUGAUUCAGUGUGUCAACCAGUGUGUCAAAAAUCAUGUGAAAAUGGUGAAUGCCAUAAACCAAAUGAAUGCCGCUGUAAUUUAGGCUAUAGAAAAGAGGAUUUUGUCGAUAAUAUUUGUGUUCCAAUUUGUCAAAACGAUUGUAUUCAUGGAACAUGUACAAAACCUGAUAUUUGCACAUGUGAUUCUGGCUAUAGUUUAGAAUCCGAUGGUUUUACAUGUGUACCAAUUUGCGAAACAUCCUGUCCAGAAAAUUCAUCAUGUCUUGAUCCCAAUCGUUGUGAAUGUGAUCUUUCAUAUCAUGAAAAAUUCCAUGAGAAUGGAACAAAGUUUUGUGCACCAAAUUGUGGCCAAGAAUGUGUCAAUGGUUUUUGUUUUGAGCCGGAUGUUUGUAAUUGUUACGUAGGAUAUUUUAAGGAACAAAAAAAUUCUUUUAUUUGUAAUCCAAAAUGUAAUAAUCCUUGUUCUUAUGGAAUUUGUACUUUCCCGGAUGUUUGUACCUGUUUUGAAGGACAUAAAUUACUUGAUGAUGGUUUCACGUGUCAGCCAAUUUGCAAAAAUGCCUGUAUCAAUGGUAAUUGUAUUGCACCGAAUAUGUGCACAUGUUUUGAUGGAUAUGGUUUUACGAAUGAUUCUGAUUCAAUUUGCAAACCAAUUUGCCGUUCGACGUGCGAAAAUGGUCAAUGUAUUGCACCUGAAACAUGCAAGUGUAACGAUGGAUAUAAAAUGGACAAUUAUUCAAAUUGUGAGCCAGUUUGUUCUGAUGGUUGUCACUUUGGUACAUGUACAACGCCGAAUAAUUGCACAUGCUUUAAGGGCUAUAAGAAAAUAAAUGAAUCAGUCUGUGAACCAAUUUGUGAUAAAAAUUGCGAUAAUGGUCGUUGUAGUGCACCAGACAUUUGUAUUUGCAAUGAGGGUUAUCGAAUGAGUAACAAGUCAAUGUGCGAACCGGUUUGCACUAAUUCUUGCAUCAAUGGGAAAUGUUCAGCGCCAGAAAAUUGUACUUGCAAUGAAGGUUUUCAAAAAAGUCAAACUUUAGCCAAUUUUUGUGAAUCAUUGUGUAAAACAAAUUGUGAAAAUGGUCAUUGUACUGGAUUAAAUUUUUGUACAUGCAAUGAUGGCUAUAAAAGAAACGAGGAAUUAAAUACUUGUGAACCAUUUUGCAAGAAAAUUUGCGAAAAUGGUUAUUGUAGUAGUCCUGAAAUUUGUACUUGCAAUGAAGGUUAUCAAAAAAGCAACGAAUCGAAAUGUGAGCCUGUAUGCUCAGAAGGUUGCAAAUAUGGGGAAUGCACAUCACCUGAGAAAUGUACAUGUUUAGAUGGUUACAAAAAAAUGGAAAAUUCCACAAAUUGUGAACCAAUUUGUGACAAUUCUUGUGAAAAUGGUCACUGUACAUCGCCGGGAAAUUGUACAUGUAAUGAGGAUUAUGAAAAAGAUAAAAACAAUAAUUGUAUUGUUAAAUGUAAAUGCACUCAUGGUACUUGUCGAGAAGAUAAUGGAUUAUGCAUAUGUGAAGAUGGUUACAAAUUAUCAUUUGAAAAUUCGACUAUCUGCAUUCCUAUUUGUUAUAAUGCUUGUAUAAAUGGUGAAUGUAUUGCGCCACAAGAAUGUAAAUGUCAUGACAACUACAUUAUAAAUAAUGAUUCAAAUAACAAUAGUACAUGUGUCAGUAUAUGUGGCGUGGAAUGUAUUCAUGGAUUAUGUAUACCAGAGCAAAAAGCAUGUGAUUGCUAUUAUGGUUGGACAGGAAGAAGUUGCGAAGUGCCUAGUAAAUGUGCUGCUAUUUUUGAAGAUGCACUUUCUGGCGAAAUGUCUGAUAGUUUUAAUGGUAGUAUGGGAAAUGUUACUAAAAUAGAAACACAAUGGAAAGGUCCAAUAUGCAAUAAAAAUUGUUUACAUGUCGAUGCCAAUCAAACAGAAUGUUUUAAUCAGUCAUUGAUGUUUGAUAACACAACAACAAUGUUAUGUUUUCUCAAUAUAGAUCUGGACUGCAAUGCCCUUUCAUUAGAAGACAAUGGAAUAAAAAGUGGUUCAAUUGUAUGGUCAAAGAUUCAAUAUGGACUUUAUGUCUUAAUUGGAUCUAUAAUUUUAAUUGUUAUGUUUUUAUUCAUUCGACGAUACAAACAACAACAACAACAAGAAUCAAUAGUUGUAUGUCGAUCAAAUUCAUUUCUUGAAAGUGACAACUAUCUCAUGGAUGAGCAAGAGGAUUUAUAAUUUACGAAAAUUUUUCACUAUACUAAUUUUAUUAUUAUUGUAAUUAUUAUAAUUAUCUACUGAUAUAAAACUACAAUAAUUUGUAAAUAAUUGGAAUAUUUUACUGUAAGUUUAAAAAUAAUUUGUACAUAUUAUAUAUAUUUAAAAUUUUAAAUGAAAACAUUUUAUUCAAAAAAAAAACUUUUAUAUUAAAACCACUCUAUUGAUUUUGAACUACUAAUUAUUAAGAAAUAAAAAAACACAAGG